AUGGACGUGUUUGAGGUUACAGAAAAAAGUAAAUCGACAAUGGUCGCGGCUUUUAACGAAACCUUUGGAGUCGGAAGUACUUUUGAUACCAUGUCGCAAUUGCGUCCCGAAGCAAAUGAGUAUGGAAGAAAACACAACAUGGUAUUCGUUACUGUAAGAUCUGACUUUAAGAACAAUUCGAUUGUCUUGGCUUGUAAGCAUUAUGGUGAAUACAGAUCUGCACACAAGCUAGCAAAAGAUCCCACUGUUGACUUAGCAGAAACAGGUACAUCUGUGACUCAACGAUACGUCAAGGAUUCGCAAAGAUGCGAAUGCAGUCGUUUCAUUAAAAUCAAAAAGUCUGUCUCUGGUAGUGUUGUAGUCUAUGAAAGUUAUGGCUUACAUAACCACCCAAUUCCUGGCGACAAAACAACGUAUGCUGCAAAUCGCUUACAGCCAGCCGAAGUCAUGAAAUUGAUAAUGCAAACAUUGAAUCUAUGCGGACCAAAUAGCGUUGAGACUACUAUGCAGGUAUAUUUAAAAAAUUACUGCCAUUUAAAUCUAAAAUAA